AUGUCUGAAGCUUUGCUGGGUUCCACCCCUGAGAAUGAAGACAGCCCUGUGACAGUGAAGGAGGAAGAGACCAGCUGGGAGCAGCCAGGCAACUCACAAGAGGGCAGGAACCACACUCGGGAGCUUUACCGCCUGAGAAUUCGGCAGUUCUGCUACCAGGAGGCUCUUGGGCCCCGGGAAGCUGUGGCCCAGCUUUGGGAACUUUGCCAUCAGUGGCUGAGGCCAGACACCCGCAGCAAGGAGCAGAUCCUGGAGCUGGUGGUGCUUGAGCAGUUCCUGACCAUCCUGCCCAAAGAGCUCCGAGGCUGGGUACAGAUGUAUCGUCUGCAGAGUGUUGAUGAGCCAGCAACCUUGCUGGAGAAUCUAGCCCCGGAACACGGAGACACAGGGCAGCAGAGGCCUGCCCAGCACAAUAGGUGCCCAGAGCAGCACAGAAGGUCUGCAUCCUGCUCCUACAGGACAGAGGGAGUGAGGCCUGUGCUCAGUGUGCUGGCUUCUGGGAGUCAGCAAUUAGUUACAACACAGUCAGAUUGUGCACCCCACAUUCCUGGUAGUACUACUUUCCCUAGCGAAAAGACAGUCUCGAGUUUGAACACUCUCAAGAACUGCCACCUGCCCCGAGACUCCUGGGCCAGGAGGCACAUCACAUCCUUGCAGUAUGCAGCCGGAGACAUUACUCGGAGAGGGAGGGAAAAGAACAAAUCUCAGGUGAGCGAGCUGCUUCAAGGCCUCGCAUUCUCUGAUGACUCAGAGGCAGGGGAAGACAAUGAGCCUGAGGUACAGCCUGAGAGAAAGAAGCUAAAGGUGUCCUGUGUCCCUGAGAAGAGGUGGAGUAAAAGAGACAUUAAGCCCAGCUUUCCAAGCUGGUCAGCACUGGACUCUGGACUUUUGAAUCUCAAGAGUGAGAAAUUGAACCCAAUAGAGCUCUUUGAAUUGUUUUUUGAUAUAACAUUUCUCUACGCACACAAGGCAAAGUGCUGACUAGGAAUGGUAUGCCAGUCCUCAGUGACACACCUCUUCCAACAAAGCUACUAAAUUCUUCCCAAACAGUUCUAUCAAAUGAGAACUAGAC